UGCCCGGCUGCAUCCUGCAAGCACAGCUGACAUCCCGGUGAAUUGUCAAACCGCAGUUAAUUUGUUUACUCCUCUCUGUACCAAAGAAAUUAUUACACAACCGAAAAGCUAGCUGCCGAUUUUCUCGGUGCAUUCAUUGCUGUAGGAAAGCCGCAAUCUGUUCGGACGGUACCAUUUUGCAUUGCUGUAGACGCGUCCCCAACACCACGCACCAGGAUGCCUGACGCCGCCUUGCCGAUCGUGAACACGCUGCGCCUGCGGCCAUUGACGAAGGAAAACAUCCUCUACUACUACUUUCCGCUGAAGGGAAUGCUCAGCUAUGCGGCAUUGUCCGUCAACGUAAUGAAUCCCUCGAUUGCUAUCAAACUGUUACCAAAACGAGACGUGACGAACUUUUUGCUGCUGCAUACCGUACUCGGUACGACGCUGUUCAUGUACAGCAGACCGCACCUGAAAGCAGUGCCAACGAACAAACGGGUAGCGUACAGCAUCUGUGGAUCUGUGCUGUUUAGCUUCGGUUCGGUGCUGGUGUGGGCCGUCAUUCGAUCAGCCGUGCCGCGCAACCAGGGCCUUGCCACGGCGCUCGGACUGUCGUCGGGUCUGCUGAUGGCCAAGCUGGGCUACGAUUACAUCGAGAACAACGAUAGCUUGGCGGUGGCGAAGAAGAAUUAAAAUGCUUUUGACUUGUUUUAGGAAUUCAAUACAGUUUGUCCAACCCCUUUUGGCCGCUCUGAGCCACUAAUGGACCUUAACUUGACCGUGGAGAAGGAAGAAAGUUAUUUAGGAAUUUGGGAAAUUAUGCUGAAGACUUAGUUUGAAGAUUGGAAAAAUAGACGAAGAUUGUUGCUAUUUUUAUUACCUUACAACAGGCUUGUUGGGCAAGUGGAAUGUCGGUGCUAUGAUUUCGAUUCUAUUAGGGAAUUUGUGAAACAUUUUCUAUCGUUCUGCUUGGAUUUGUACGAUUCCUUGUUCGUCAGCAUUAUUGAAAAAAUAAAAGAAAUGGCUGAAGCACGUACGCAGCCGUUUUUCUUCAA